AUGUCUCGAGAUUCACUAGCUGCAUUCCGCAAGUCUCCGUCUUCGGACGAUAUCGCUGCUCUCGCCGAGAAGCACCUCGAACAUGACCUUCGCGAUUCAGACCGCGACCUUCUCAAGAGCGCCGCUGCCAAGGUCAGCACACACGCGACAGUCGGUUCUCUAGUGGGUUUGGGCUUGGGUUUCUUCCUCGCCUUCCGACUUAGACGCGCCCGUGCCGACAUGUUCGCUGCGUUCCGAGCGACAGAAAAGCCAACCCAUGUUCAGUUUGCAAGCGGAAGGACCGAGCCUAUCCCUGAUGUAACAGAUAAGAUGGCACCAACAAAGAUGGGUGACAUUGCUGCGUAUUCACUACUUGGCCUCGGAAGUCUGUUCCUGGGUGGUGAGCUCGGUUUCGUCUCCGGAACGGCGGCAGCAGCAAGAAGCAUCAGGAGCGACCCCGAGAGCAGAGCAAGAAUUGAAAAUGCUUUCAGGAGGUUUAGGGCCGAUGCACUCAGGAAGGAAGCCGACCGCUUGGACGGUGGUGAGAAGAUCCUUGACAAGAUCUUCUAA